UGCAAUGCUUGUAAUUACAAACUCACAGAAAAUAUCAAAUUAAUUGUAAAUAAUUGCUGAAAAGUAAUUGAUUAGUGAUUAUAAUCACUGAAACAGUGCCUUAACUCCAAUGAGAUGUCUUUGUGUCGCUUAAGACCCACUCGUUUACUGACCAAACAUUUGAGACAAUGUUUGGCAAUGAGUUUACGGCGGGAGUCGAGUGGAGUGCGGGUGCGGUUCGGGCCGUCGCCCACGGGGUUCAUCCAUUUGGGAGGCCUUCGGACGGCUCUCUAUAACUACUUGUAUGCCAAACAACACAACGGAUCCUUCGUUCUUCGCAUUGAGGACACGGAUCAAGAAAGGGUAGUUCCCGGCUCUCAACGAAACCUCGAAGAUAUGUUGCAGUGGACGGGACUCAUACCAGAUGAGGGCCCCACCACUGGUGGACAGUAUGGCCCGUAUGUCCAGUCCCAACGAAUAGAUCUCUACAGAGAGAAAGUGACUGAACUGUUGUCCACACCAAUGGCCUACCGGUGCUUCUGUUCAGACAUGCGAUUAGAUUUGCUGAGGAAAGAGAAGCUGAAGAACCGAGAGAUUCCUAAAUAUGACAAUCGGUGCCGACAUUUAUCUCAACGAGAAAUCGACGAAAAGUUGGCGAACGGAGAAAAGUUUGCGAUUCGUCUUAAGCUCAAAUCGGGUCCAAUUGGUUUCGAUGACAUAGUGUUUGGUCGGCUUUCCUUUGACUUGUCUGCCAUAGAGUCAGAUCCAGUCAUCUUUAAAAGCGAUGGCUUUCCGACCUAUCAUUUUGCGAAUGUAGUCGACGACCACUACAUGAAAAUAUCUCAUGUCUUAAGGGGCGCCGAAUGGCAGGUCUCGACACCGAAGCAUAUAAUGCUUUACGAGGCGUUUGGAUGGACUGCCCCUAAGUUCGCUCAUUUGCCUCUCAUUAUGAAUACAGACGGCUCUAAACUAUCUAAACGUCAAAAUGACAUCAGAAUUGAUUACUAUAGAGAUAACGGGUAUUAUUCGGAGACUAUUAUAAACUACUUGACGACAAUCGGCUCAGGGUUUCCACAUCGACUCGAAGACAGAAUCGAUGGCCUCCAAGAGUUAACCAAAUUAUUUGAUUUAACAAAAGUGAACACAAGUAAUGGCAAAAUAGAGACCGACAAACUUCGGCUCUAUAAUCGCUUCUCUAUUUACUGGUAUUUUAAUAAUGGAUUUGAAAAUAAAUUAAUUGAAGAAUUGAAAACUCUGUUAAUAAGUAAAUUUGGUUCAACUCGUGAAUUAAAUUUAGACAAUGAUUACCUCAAAUUUUUAAUCACUUGGAGUAAAGAACGAAUUUUUACUUUAAAAGAACUUUUGAACGAAGAAUUCAUAUAUUUAUGGAAAGUUCCUGAUUUUAAGUGGAAAGUCAGUGAUAUUGCAACUCAUGAGGAAUUUGGUAAGAAUCUUAUAAUGAAUUAA